AUGAACCUAGCGUUCAAUCCCCGAGCGGAAUUGACGCCGGAAUAUAACCAACAACUACGACGACCCACUGCUAUUGCCAACGGAGACAAUGGCAGUCUCGAACAACAACCCGAACAACCACCAUCACCGCAGCGCAUUCUGCUAGCCGAGCUUCAUCGCAUGGAGCCCGCAAUCGGCAUGAGUGAUAACAACGACAAAUAUAUUAUUUCCAUCCAUCAGGCCGUCAUCUCCCCGAGGGGUCUGAUCAUAGUGCGGGACGCUCAGAGUGAGCCGCACAUCCUCCGCUUUCUGCUAUGUGUGUGGGACCUGUCCACUUCGCAACCGUUAUGCAUCGACUAUACCACCGAUGACGAGCGCCGACGAUUCUUUGAGUUUGAACGAUUAGCAGAUAUCCCUGAUAACAUUGAGGAAAUUGAAGAGCUUUUAAAAAACGUGAGCAAAGUGCGAGACCCGCUAGACGUCACCAUCGUGCGAGCCUACGGUCGGCUCCCGACGGGGCAUGUAUACCCAUACUGGACGAGCGAUCUCACUCUCCGCAAAUUGGUGACAAUAUAA